UCUUUUAAAUACGAAAUGUUUACGAGAGAGCACGACGGGAAUCUACGAAACCUUCCGAAAAUUAUCCGAAAAUAAUUUUCGGCAUUCUAUCACUGCUCUCGUGGCAGAUGUUGUAUUCAUCGUGGAGUCUUAAGUUUUAUGGCAAAUUCUUGGAGAAUAUUGAAAAUUUGCAAUACUCAUUUUCCCUGUGGAUUGUUGGGUGUCAGAGCAAUUCACACUUCGAGCAAAAUGUCACUUGCCAAGCCCACAAAACUUACACCAGAGGCACGGCAAACUGACUUGGCUGGCCUUAAAGCAAGUGGCUGGUCAGAAGUUAACAGCAGAGAUGCAAUCUACAAAGAGUUUCAGUUCAAAAAUUUCAACAUUGCUUUUGGGUUUAUGUCUCGUGUGGCUUUGAUGGCAGAGAAAAUGGACCAUCAUCCAGAAUGGUUUAAUGUGUAUGGUAAGGUCCAGGUUACUCUUAGUACCCAUGACUGUGGGGGACUGUCCAAGAAUGACAUCAAGAUGGCAACAUUUAUGGACAAAGUGGCUGGUUGAAAAAAAUAUUACAGGUGUAGAAACAUCAUUUGGUGGAUUCAAAAUGCAUCACGUGAUGGUGAAUUUUCCUUCGUAUUCAAAUUUUUAUUUGCACACAAGGAUUAUUUAAAACUUUGCAAGGGAUACCCCCUCCCACCCAAGGGGGAGUGCAAUUUGUGAAGACAAUUUACAAAGCUUGUAUGGUUAGUAGGUACCCUUGUCCCCAGUGUAACCAUACAUUUCAUAAAUUUUAGACACCUUGAAAGCCUGUAAUUCCGAUUAUCAUUGCAACAUAUUCAACUAUUAUGACAGACUUAUUAAUCUUGAGAUGCUUUCUCAAAUAAAAUUAAUGAAAUGCUUUCUCAAAUACAUUUUUUUGGCCAACCAAUAUAAGCUGUCUGCAUGAUGAUGUCUUUUUACUACCACUACAAUACAAGGACGGUGGAGCAGUUUUUUGAUUGGGGGGGCUCAAUAGUGACAUUGUAUGGCAAGGUGGGGGAGCUGAGUUUAGUGAAAAUGUAUUAAAAUUUCCGGCACCCCUGCCAUAAUGCUUUACAAAUUUUGUGUUAUUCAAAUCUGUAUAUCCUCAUGAGAAUAGUAAGACAAUAUUGGUGCUUGGUGCUAAUUAACUGAACAAAAGAAAGUGUGCAAGGGAGUAUGGUAGUGGUAGUAAUGACGCUGUAAUUCAAGUGACCAAUUAAAUGAAAAUUCAAGACUC